AUGCGACGUCAAGGACCAGCUGCAAGAGUGCCUGUUGAUCCUGAGAUAGAGAAGACUUGUCGGCAAAACAGAAAAAACAAAAGGUUGGAAAGAGUUGCACAUAGGAUUGAGCAAGAGGAAGUUAUGGCCAACUACGGUAAUAAUGGGGGUGCCAUAGAAGACCCAGCUAAUGGUCAGAAUCCACCCGACCGUAGCCUGAGGGAUUAUGUUUUGCCAACAAUGACAGGGGUCCAGUCUUGUAUAAGACCACCCACCGUAGAUGCAAACAAUUUUGAAAUAAAGCCAGCCAUACUUCAGAUGGUUCAGUCCACAGUCCAGUUUGGGGGACUACCCACUGAAGACCCAAACAUGCAUCUCUCUAACUUCAUGGAGCUCUGUCAGACAUUUAAGAUGAACGGAGUUAGCGAUGAUGCUAUCAGACUGAGAUUGUUCCCAUUUUCUCUGAGGGAGCGAGCUAAGAGUUGGUUGGUAUCUUUGCCACCUAACUCAAUCAAUACCUGGAAUGAUCUAGCACUGAAGUUCCUCUCCAAGUUUUUCCCUCCAGCGAAAGCAGCUAAGUUGAGAGGAGAGAUCAAUAAUUUUUCUCAGUUGGAUAAUGAGUCUCUCUAUGAAGCUUGGGAGAGAUUCAAAGAAUUGAUAAGAAAGUGCCCGCAUCACGGAAUAGAGAAAUGGAUGCUAGUCCAUAAUUUUGAUAAUGGGUUGUGUGGUACUACUCGCACACUCAUUGAUGCAGCAGCUGGUGGUGCGCUUAUGAGAAAAAGCGCCAAUGAGGCAUAUGACUUGUUGGAAGAAAUGGCCAUGAAUAAUCAGCAGUGGCCAAGUGAAAGAAGUUCUUCAAGGAAAGUGGCCGGUAUGUAUGAAGUGGAUGUAAUUUCAAAAUUGACCGCUCAAGUUGAGGCCUUGACUAAGCAAUUGCAAGGCAAUGUGAUAACAGCUCCAGUGCAACAGGCCCAGACUUUGUGUGAAAUAUGUGGGGGUCCUCAUGCCUAUGAACAGUGUCAGUAUGCUGAUGUAAACAACAUGCCAAUGGAGCAGGCUCAGGCUAUUGGGAAUUUUCCUCGACAGAACAAUAACAACCCUUACUCCACCUCCUUUAAUCAAGGGUGGAGGAAUCAUCCCAACUUCUCUUGGAAGAAUGAUCAGCAAGGCCAAUCUUCCAGCCAAUAG